GGUGGAGGAGGAGGAGGAGGAAGAUCAGGAGGAGGAGGAAGAAGAGGAAAAAAGAGAAAAAGAAGAAAUAUCACAGAAAAAAAAAAAACUCUUCGUUGUCUUGCCUGGGCUUUUUUUUCCCCCCCUAAAAUAACAUAUUGGAGAAUUGGGAGAAGUCUUUUUGGUUUGGAAAAAAAAAAAAAAAAAGGAAUCUUCAGCCUAGAUCACUUUCUUAUCCGGACUGGGAUAUUAAAUAUACGACACAUCCAGGAGUUUAUUGGAGCGCAGACUGAUGGCGCAAAGGUACGAUGAGCUGCCCCAUUACGGCGGGAUGGACGGAGUAGGGGUGCCUGCUUCCAUGUACGGAGACCCUCACGCGCCGCGGCCGAUCCCUCCGGUUCACCACCUGAACCACGGGCCGCCGCUCCACGCCACGCAGCACUACGGCGCGCACGCCCCGCACCCCAAUGUCAUGCCGGCCAGCAUGGGAUCCGCUGUCAACGACGCCUUGAAGCGGGACAAGGACGCGAUCUAUGGGCACCCGUUGUUUCCUCUGUUAGCUCUGGUCUUUGAGAAGUGCGAGCUGGCGACCUGCACUCCCCGGGAACCCGGAGUGGCCGGCGGAGACGUCUGCUCCUCCGACUCCUUCAACGAGGACAUCGCGGUCUUCGCCAAGCAGGUUCGUGCGGAAAAGCCACUUUUUUCCUCAAACCCAGAGCUGGACAAUUUGAUGAUCCAAGCAAUACAAGUACUAAGGUUUCAUCUCUUGGAGUUAGAAAAGGUCCACGAACUGUGUGAUAACUUCUGCCAUCGGUACAUUAGCUGUUUGAAGGGGAAAAUGCCCAUCGACCUUGUCAUUGAUGAAAGGGACGGCAGCUCCAAGUCAGAUCACGAAGAACUUUCAGGCUCCUCUACAAAUCUCGCUGACCAUAAUCCUGCAUCUUGGCGAGAUCACGACGAUGCAACGUCCACCCACUCAGCAGGCACCCCGGGGCCCUCCAGUGGGGGCCACGCUUCCCAGAGUGGAGACAACAGCAGUGAGCAAGGGGAUGGUUUAGACAACAGUGUAGCCUCACCUGGCACAGGUGACGAUGAUGAUCCAGACAAGGACAAAAAACGUCAGAAGAAAAGAGGCAUUUUCCCCAAAGUAGCAACAAAUAUCAUGAGAGCUUGGCUGUUCCAGCAUCUCACACAUCCGUACCCUUCCGAAGAGCAGAAGAAACAGUUAGCGCAAGACACAGGACUUACAAUUCUCCAAGUAAACAACUGGUUUAUUAAUGCCAGAAGAAGAAUAGUACAGCCCAUGAUUGACCAGUCAAAUCGAGCAGGUUUUCUUCUUGAUCCUUCAGUGAGCCAAGGAGCAGCAUAUAGUCCAGAGGGUCAGCCCAUGGGGAGCUUUGUGUUGGAUGGUCAGCAACACAUGGGAAUCCGGCCUGCAGGUUUGCAGAGCAUGCCAGGGGACUACGUUUCUCAGGGUGGUCCUAUGGGAAUGAGUAUGGCACAGCCAAGUUACACUCCUCCCCAGAUGACCCCACACCCUACUCAAUUAAGACAUGGACCCCCAAUGCAUUCAUAUUUGCCAAGCCAUCCCCACCACCCAGCCAUGAUGAUGCACGGAGGACCCCCUACCCACCCUGGAAUGACAAUGUCAGCACAGAGUCCCACAAUGUUAAAUUCUGUAGAUCCCAAUGUUGGCGGACAGGUUAUGGACAUUCAUGCCCAAUAGUAUAAGGGAACUCAAGGGAAAAGGAAACACACGCAAAAACUAUUUUAAGACUUUCUGAACUUUGACCAGAUGUUGACACUUAAUAUGAAAUUCCAGACAGCUGUGAUUAUUUUUUACUUUUGUCAUUUUUCAUCAAGCGACAGAGGACCAACGAGACAAGAACACAAAUGUGAAAUCAUGGGCUCACUGAGACAGUUCUGUCCAUGUAAAGAUCCUCUGGAAAAAGACUCCGAGAGUUAUAACUACUGUAGUAUAAACAUAGGAACUAAGUUAAACUUGUACAUUUCUGUUGAUCACUCCGUUAUGUUGCCUCAAAUAGUUUUAGAAGAGAAAAAAAAAAAUAUAUCCUUGUUUUCCACACUAUGUGUGUUGUUCCCAAAAGAAUGACUGUUUUGGUUCAUCAGUGAAUUCACUAUCCAGGACAGACUGUGGUAUAUUUUAAACCUGUUGGGCCAAUGAGAGAAGAACCAUGCUGGAGACCACGGUGAACGUCUGGCUGAACCUCAUCCCUUGGACUCCAGCUUCAAGAAUGUGUUUUCAUGCCCGGCCUUUGUUCCUCCAUAAACGUGUCCUUUAGUUUCCAACAGAUCUUUAUAGUUUGUGCUUCAUAAGCCAACUCUUCUUCUUAUUUUGGGGGACUCUUUUUCAAAGAGCUUGCCAAUGAAGAUUUAAAGACUGAGCGGGAGCUUCUUCCAGGAGUUCUGAGCCUUGGCUGUGGACAAAACAAUCUCACGUUGGGCAGCUUUUCCUCAACACAAGAAAGUUAUUAAUGGUCAGAGCACCACCACUAGGACUUUAUCAGAAACUCAAAGCUUGGGGGAUAAAAAGGAGCAAGAGAAUACUGUAACAAACUUCGUACAGAGUUCGGUCUAUUAAUUGUUUCAUGUUAGAUAUUCUAUGUGUUUACCUCAAUUGAAAAAAAAAAAAGAAUGUUUUUGCUAGUAUCAGAUCUGCUGUGGAAUUGGUAUUGUAUGUCCAUGAAUUCUUUUCUCAGCACGUGUUCCUCACUAGAAGAAAAUGCUGUUACCUUUAAGCUUUGUCAAAUUUACAUUAAAAUACUUGUAUGAGGACUGUGACGUUAUGUUAAAAAAAAAAAGGUGUUAAGUCACAAAAUGCGGUAAUAAAUAUUUCAUUUUUGAUUUUU